ACCUUUAAUUUUCGUUCUACCCAGCUGCUAGUCUCUACUAACACCCGGCGUCGGUUGUGCUCGAUUUAUUUUUUUUGUUUUUUGGAGCUUUUUGUCCAUCUGUAGGAGCUGAAUACGCAAAUUUUGAUGGGGUUUCCCUUAGUUUGGUGUGUUAUCAGCACAGAGCGGAAGUUCACCUUUCGAGCUUUUUGGUUAGCUGACGUUAACGUUACCGAACGUUAGAUUAGCUAACUUUGCUAACGCGUGCUAUUGUGAAGAAAGUAGCAUUAACUACUCUGUUUGCAAAUGUCCCACUGUAGACUGUUACUGAUACAGUCGUUUGUUACAGCUGUCUGGCUAAGUAAAGUUUGGAAACGCUUGACAGCUAAACAGUCAUUCAGCACUCCUGCUUGAGUCUUCAAACAGCCAGCCUACAUCGCCUGCCAAAAUGAUGGAUUUUGAUAACAUAUUGAACAUCGCCUCACAAAACCAGGGCCUCGGCAGUGUACAGAAGAGAUACAGUUUACAAGCUGGACCCCCGAAAAAGGACCCAAAGUCAAAGGGUGUAAAUCCUGCUGCUGUGCAGGCACUUCUGAAGAAGCAAGUCACUGAAAACAAAAAGAAAGAAUUGGAAAUGAAGAAACAGAAAGAGGAGCUAUUAGCCAAGAGGGUUGAGUUAAAGUCAGACCGUAAAGCGCGCGCCAUGGCCUCCCGAACUAAGGACAAUUUCAAAGGCUACAAUGGUGUCCCAGUGGUAGAGGUUCCCAAAAAGAGGAGAUCAAAACAUGAUAUGCAGGAAGAUGACUUGAAUGGGGGAAGUUUUAGGAAUAAUAAAAUUGACCCAGAGGAUGAUGAGGACAACUACGAGUAUGAACAGACAGAUUCAGAGCCAGAGUCCGAGCCCGAGCCACUGAGGCCUGGGAGAAUAGCGGGUAAUAGUGGCAGUAAUAGUAGUAGUGGCAAAACCUCUUCUAAAAAAAACAAUGGGCCACCCAAGCCCCCUGCACCUUCUAUGAACUUUGCUGACUUGCUCAAAUUGGCAGAAAAGAAACAGUUUGAACCAGUUGAUCUAAAACCCAAGGUAGUGAAAAAGGAAGAAAGGCUGCGCACAGCAGAUGAGAUAAAGGAACUGGAGAUGGAGCGCAAGGCUAAGAAACAAGACAAAGACAAAAACUCAAAGGCAGACAGAGGAAGAGAUGGGAAGUCUCAGUCUGGUUAUAGUUCAAGUCAAAAAAACACUUUUGAGAGGGAACAGAAGAACAGCAGACCACAAAAGAUCUGCUUAGAAAAACAAAGUGUGCCCAGUGGGUCAAUGAAGAAGUCACAACCAACAGUAAUUAAUGAUACAGGCCUCUCUUUUUCCAAACUCUCUGGUAGUGAUAGAGAAAGAGAAAGAACCAAGAUGUCUUGCAGUGAUAAAGAAAAAUCCAAGACAAGCUUGUCUAAUUCAUCAGGUGUCAUAAACAGUAAAGUACCUUCAAAAGCCAUGUCAUCUCAGGUUUUAGCCAAACAAGGUGCACCAAAGCCCUCGUCUAGCCACAAAUCCAGCACCUUAAGUGACCUUAGCUUCAGAAGAGAAAGCUCGUCAUUACUUCAAGGAAAAGUUUCAGGUAUUCCUGGUAACAGGCCUUCUGGUACAGCUGGCACAGGCCAGAAUUCCAAACAGGUGAGUUCUCAACAGAUUAAGCCUAGUCAGGGUAGCUCCUCAAAGCAGGGACCCACAAAUGGAGGCCCAAAGUUUGGAAGGGGAGAACCACCACGGUCUGGAAUGAAUUCUGCAGCAAAAUCAGGUGGAAAUUCAGUGAUGAGACCUUCUUUGAGUGGCCCUCCUAAGGCAGGGAGCCAACCUCAGUCAAAAACUGGAGGAACAUCUGGUAGUGUGCCAAAGGCCAGGCCUGGUGGUAGUGGCCUGCAAGGUCAUCCUGGAAGUAUUGUAUCCCGACCUCAAGGAAGUGGACCAGGUCGGCCUGGCAGUGGAGGACUUGUACCAGGAAGACCAACUAGCAGUAGUGGAUUAGGACCUGGAAGACCAAAGUGCACUGUAGUCUCAGAGACCAUCUCAUCCAAGAAUGUUGGUGGACCCAGGCCAGGCAUGCCACCUCGGCCGGGGAUGCCACCUCGGCCGGGGAUGCCACCUCGGCCGGGGAUGCCACCGAGACCUAUGAUGCCACAGAGACCUAUGAUGCCACAGAGACCUAUGAUGCCACAGAGACCUAUGAUGCCACAGAGACCUAUGAUGAACAGACCACCAGGACCAAUGCUGCCACCUAUCACAUCUGCAUACAAGAGGAAAUAUGAGGAUGAGGAAGAUGAGUAUGACUCAGAAAUGGAUGAUUUUAUUGAUGAUGGAGGUGAGGAGCAGGAGGAAAUUUCUAAGCACAUAAAGGAAAUCUUUGGCUAUGAUCGAACCAGAUACAGAGAUGAGAGUGACUAUGCACUAAAAUUCAUGGAGAGCAGCUGGAAAGAUUUGCAGAAAGAAGAAGCUAGGAGCCUGAGAAUGGCUGUGCAGGAGGAUCUGGAGGAGGAAAGAAAGGAGGAAGAAGAGCUGAAAAGAAAAAACGUCAAGAGGAAAAAAAUGAACUGAGGCCUCAUUGUCGUUG